GGAUUUACGGUAAUUUGUUUUUAGAUGGAGAAAAACCUUUUAAAUGUGAAUGGCCUGGCUGUUCUCGUUCUUUUGCUGAUCGUUCAAAUUGUCGUGCACACGAAAAAACUCAUCGACCAGAAAAGCCAUUUGUUUGUGUACAUUGUGGAAAGGCAUUUAAAUUAAAAAGUUAUUUAAGUAAACAUUUACGGGCAAAAGCAUGUCGCCAACAAAAAUAAAAUUAUUAAAACAAAGAAUAUAUGUAUACAAAAUUUUAUUUAAAAAGAAG